ACGGUUUUAGGAGAGUUUGAGGAGAGCGGCUCCAGAGAUAUUAUGCUGCCGGAGAGGCAGGGACUCGUGGAGCGGCUGAUGCGGGCUUGGAGCGCUAUAGGAGACAUGCCGCCUCUGUAGGUGCUUUUAAAUGAACGCAGGUAUUUGUUGAGAGCGAACAGGCUCGGGUUUGCAUGGUCUAAAGUGGAUACGGAGCAACAAGUGGAGUUUGGCUGGAGAGGCCGAGGCUCUCGCCAUCAGCGCCCAUGGAAGAGCACCAGGAGCCCGGCGGCGGCCGGGACUCGACCGAGGACGACAGCCUGUCCCUGUCGCCCAACCUGCCGUCCCCCGCGCUGAUGCUGCCGCACAUGCAGGCGGCCCAGCAGGCCCACAGAACCACGAACUUCUUCAUUGACAACAUCCUGCGGCCGGACUUCGGCUGCAGGAAGGAGCCGCAGCCGCACCAGCGGGAGCGGGAGCGGGAGCGCCCGGGCCGGGAGAGCGGCAGCCCGGUGCGCGCUCCUCGGCCGCCGCUGGCCGGCUCGCUGUGCCUGGACUCCAACUGCAGCAACGACAGCACGUCCUCGUCUCCCUCGUCCGCCUCCUCCUCCUCCUCGUCGUCCACGUCGUCGUCGCCCUCGUCCAAGCAGAGCGCGUCUAAUAAGCAGGGGGAGUCCGGCGGCCCCGGCGGCGCCCGGUACGCGGACAGCCCGUCCAUCGUGGUGGUGAGCGGCGGCGGGAGCGGCGCGGCCGCGCCGGCCAGCAAGGAGAGCGCGCCGCUGCUGUGGCCCGCCUGGGUGUACUGCACCCGCUACUCGGACCGGCCCUCAUCUGGCCCAAGGACACGGAAAUUGAAAAAGAAGAAGAGCAGCAACAAGGAGGACAAGCGGCCGCGGACGGCGUUCACGGCCGAGCAGCUGCAGAGACUGAAAAGCGAGUUCCAGGCCAACCGGUACAUAACGGAGCAGCGGCGGCAGGCGCUGGCGCAGGAACUGAACCUGAACGAGUCCCAGAUCAAGAUCUGGUUCCAGAACAAGCGGGCCAAGAUCAAAAAGGCCAGCGGCUACAAGAACGGCCUGGCCCUGCAGCUCAUGGCCCAAGGACUUUACAACCACUCAACGACCACCGUGCAGGAGGAGAAGGAGGAGAGCGAGUAGAGAGAGAAGGGGGCCCGGACUCUGACUGAGGGGCCCCGGCGUUUGGACAAAAACAAGAAAAGAAAGAAAAAAAAAAGAACUGGAAAAGUGGGGAAACGCUAUUUAAAAAAAAAAAAAAAAGAAAACACAGAUUUCCGUUUAUGGUAACAGUAUAUGGACAUAAUUAUAUAAAUGAACGAUCGUUAUUAAAGUUUAUAUAGCCACACAGUUAUCAUGUUGUACACGGUAUAUUUGAUUUCAGGCGCAUCUCUCAUCCGGUUCUUUCCGUCUGUUCUCACUGUUUUUCGGCUCUCUGGCUCUGUAGGGUCCCCUGUCCCCCCCCACCUCACCCCCCCAUGUUUACGCCAUAUUUCCCCUUCAACGAAUCAGUCCAGACUCAAACAAGCCAAAGAUUUUAAUAUGUUCACAUGUAGUCUGAAAUAAAAAAAAAAAAAAGGAGAACAGAGGAAACACUCUUUCAUCUUUUUUGUACAGUUGCAGGAUGAAGGGAGAUUAUUGAACUAUUCGGGAAUGAAAAUUAUGAACAUUUUUAAUCCCAGCUUGGCUUAAAGCGGACUUCCCAACAUGCAUCUGCUGUCAACAUAAAUCCACAGGUUUUAGAGGAGCAGACACGACUCUGUAGCCAGAUAUCGGCGGGAUUAUAUCACGGUUUUAUGCUUUUUUGCAUUUAGGAAAGGUAUAGAGAGAAAUGCAACACACACAUGGUUGAACGCCUCCCAAAGCAGUUCAUGUUUCAAACACACAC